UCCUCUAGGGUUUUGGUGUAUCCUAUUAAGGCUGAGUCCCAUUGGCAUCGGCAGCGAGCUUUGAGUUACUUGGGCCGUUGUCCCAGCACUUCCCUCCAUCUCCGGUCUCCGAUCUCCGACCUCCGCCUUUUGCGUUCAGCAGAAUGGAUUCUCAGAUCAAACAUGCUAUUGUGGUGAAAGUGAUGGGCCGCACUGGCUCUCGAGGACAGGUGACUCAGGUGAGAGUCAAGUUCCUUGAUGACCAGAACCGUUUCAUCAUGAGGAACGUCAAGGGACCAGUCAGGGAAGGUGAUGUUCUCACCCUGCUCGAGUCUGAGAGAGAAGCAAGGAGGUUGCGUUGAGGGCUCUAAAUGUCUUCUUUUUUUCUGUUGAAUGUCUGAAAUCCUGCAUAUUAGUUUAGUUGUUCCAACGCAAGCUGCAUGCAAUUUUGUUACUCUGGAGAAAUUUUGUCCAAGACUCUGUUUGGUAUAGGCAAGGAUUGGAACCUAUUUAUCAACGAGUGUAAUUGAAUACUUUUGGUCAUAUAUUUUGGGGAUCAUGAUCUAUUCAUUUACGGUUAGUUGUCUUGUUUAUUAUGAUACGAUUGGCAAGUAUUCCAGCUAUCUAUUGUCACUCCUGAAGUAUUUUCUGUAA